AUGGCUGUCCGACACGCAACACUAGAUGAACUAGAGCGUCGAAGACUAGAGCUCGAGGGAAACAUUCAAACCCUUCGCAGAUCACUCUACGACUGGCGACUCCGUGAAGCUGAAUACGAUGGAUUGAAGGACGAAAUAAAGAACUUACAGCACGAUUGCACGAGUGCCGAAAUACUUCGAAUUGGUCUCGAAUAUGAGGGGACUGUCGUUGAUGAGAAGGAAGUCAGGGAUAUCAUUGGCGAGAAACAAAACAUUACGCGAUCCAGGGAUCAGGUCGUUUCGCAAAUUACUCGGCGACUAGACUAUAUCAAGCAAAACGUUGCUUCUCUAGAGAAACGUCUAUCGACUGUAGAGGUAGAACUGGAUCGGUUACUAUUUGUCGAACGCCCUGGGCCCAACGCCGCGACGGAAGAAUAUGCCGUGACCGAGAUCUUCGAGGAGCUGGAUGAAAAUGGAAACGUUAUUUCUAGCAAGGUUUCGAAUCCAGCCGAUCGGGCCCCUGAUAUUAUGGAUAUGCUCAAGAAAGCUGGUGUAGAGGUUCCGCAAGGUCAGGAGCCUGAAAAGAAAGCAGAUGACAAAACGGGUGAAAUGUCAGAUGGCAAAGCACAGAGAAGUGAAUCGGUUACGGAUACUGAAGUCAAGAAGGAACAAUUAAAGCCUAGCUCCACUACACUCACCACUCCCACAGUUGAGGACACUCUCACGGAUGAAUUCGAUGACUCAGACUCCGAACCACCAGUCAUGGAAGUAGACGAGCCCGCCGAAGAUGCAAAGCUCCGCCGUGAAAUGCUCGAAUACGGCUUUCACGAAGUGGGUAAGGUUGUAGCUGAACUGGAAAUGGACGAAGAAGGCAGCGACAUAUCCGUCGACGAGGAUUAUGAAUAUGACGAUGAUGAUGAUUACGAAGAAGAUGAAGACGAAUACGGACGUACAAGGACAAGAGUCUUGACGGAUGAAUACCACCAACAGAUGAAGGAGUUGGAAAAGAAGCUUAAGGCUGGCGGGUUCAUCAACUUAGGCCCUGCUCAGAAUAUGGACGCGGAAGCCAAGGAAACAGCAGAAGCUGCAACACACGGUGGUGUUUUGAAAGUCACGGCUAUUGAAAGGGAUGCCAAUAAUGAUGUUAUUUCUGAAGAGAAAAAGAAGCCAAAAAAGAAAGUUGCUUUUGCCGAAGAAUUGGAUAUUGCACAAGAGUCGACACAGCCAGCUGUUUCAACAAACACUGGACGAAAGAUUGACGUUGUCAAACCUGAUGUAACUCCUCUAUCAGAGUCCAUCGUUGAGCGUUCCGCCUCAAAAGCGAGCACCAUCAGUAGUAAGGAUACUACGGAUACAUCCUCUAUAAAGAAGAAAACCUCGAGAUUCAAAUCAGCCAGGAAAGAUGGUACCCCAACACCAGGCGAUUCAACCACAGCUGGCCUCAGUCCCGGACCUCAAUUAUCAAUUCUCAAAAAAUCAGAUCAACCACCCGCCCCAUCAUCUCUUUCUUUAUUCCCUGCUAAACCCGAGGGACCUAAACCAUUUUCUCAACCCAUCAUUGCCGGUGAUGUAUUCGCCGCUGCUUCAGCAGCCAAACCAUCGAUCGACCGCGAAGCUCAACCCCCCGAAGGAAAAAUUACGGCCGAAAAGCUCGUCGAACGACCCGUAACGGACACAACAAGCGUCCUCCCCCCGGAUCCAGAUGAAAUUGACGAAGAAAUCCACCGCAAAGAAGUAGCGACUGAGUUCUAUCGUCGGAGAAACCUCAAAAUUCAGCAAAGCGGUGGCUUUGUGAGGGACAAGGAUGAUGAGGAUGAAGCUGAUCAGCUGUAUGAGUUAGAUGAGAACAAUCAGCCGAAGAGGAAAGUUAGUAAGUUCAAGGCUGCACGGUUGCGAUCUUAA